AUGCAAGAUAUUCACGUUACUGAAGACCGAGUCUGGCUCGUGUCCAACACCAUUCCACGACAAAUCUAUCUUCGUAUUGGCCUCGUGCACAGUGUUCUCAAGUCCCCAAAUGGCACGGAUCAGUUGACACGAAGGUUGCCAGCCCCGUCUGAACUGCAAAUCGGUCACGCGUGGCAAGCAAUCCCACUACCGGACCCGAUUCUUCACACGCUGAAUGUGGACUGGUUGGUUGCUGCACGGGAACGAAGCGAAACUUAUUUGAAGGACAGUCAACCUCUAGAUGCAUUGAUUCUCACUCAAACUGGCGAAUGGCUGUGUCUGCGCAUUCUGGAUGAGAAAUUGUUUUUCGGUUCGUCCGUACCGAUUUCCUCACCGACGGGCUAUUGUGUACCUGAUAUAUUGGAUCUGACAGAUUUGGAACUACAAUCCCCGUCCUUCGGAUAA